AAUAUGACCAAAGUUUUCAAAUUCAUUGCUCUCCUGGCUUUUUUAGCGUUUGUAGAAGCUGAGAUAAGUCCUCAGCUGGAAUCAUUUAGAUCACCUCCAAACUUGAGAAUAGAGCACAAUUUGGUCAAAUAUGAUCGGCAUAUGAAGUAUGUUGUUCCUGCUGCCAGAUCUGUUGGAUUUUUGUAUAACGGCCUCCAAGAAUACAACAUUUCGUUCACUGAAAUGCUUAAUUUCUUGAAUGAUUUGGUGUCACUAAUCCUGGGUAUCUUUCAUUGUGAAAGUCUGAACUGAUUAACUCCUGAAUAUCUAUUGACCAAACUUUUUGAGGAAUUCAGACUUUUUUCGAGAAGUUGGAUAACUGAGUUAGACUAUUGGUACAAAGAGUUUAUAGCGAAGUAUGCAAAGAAAGAGCUUGGAGUUAUUAACAAGAUCAUUGCUACUGAAGGAUUAGCCAUUUAUAUAGAGAAGUCAGACUGUAUUCGCAUGAGAAUUGGACAGUACUUCAUGCCUACUUUUGUAGGCAACGAUACCUCAAAUUGCUCAGAGUAUGAUCAGAUCAUCCACAGUUUCUCUGAACAGCCUGUGGAUCCAGGCAUCGAUUGGACAUCUCUCUGCGUUAAACUCACCAUCACUCUAGCUCUUGCUGUCAUGAAUUACCUCUGUUUAGAACUAGUCCUCCAAGAAUGGAAGAAAACCCAAGAACUAUAUCAGCCACAGUCUAAUGGAAUACCUCUGUCUCAAAUUGAAAAUGACGAUUUUUCAGGUGAAAGCUUCCCAAAUUCACAGCAAUCUCUAGAAGAAAGCAAAGAAGUCACUGACUCAGUCUCAAGUGAAGAGAGGAGGGGGCAUUCCCGCAUUCUUGAUAAUCAAAUCGCACAGGGUCUUCCAAUAAAUGCGGGGUUUUCUUCCUCCCAUAAUAGUUUCUAA